GUAGUUUUUGAAACGUCGCGCUGCGCAGCAUGUGCAGCAAAACACAAGUGUGUACCCUCUUAGUUUGAGGUUUAGUGUGCUUUUUUCAGCGCUGCUGUGAUAAUAAUUGCAAUAACAGGUUCUCUUCAUAUAAACUAUAUGUUACUGUUGCUGUUAUGGAGGAUUUACCGGAAGAUUUGAGAUCGUUUCUACAGAAGCAUCCCUGUUUUCAGCUCACAGACUCCAAGAAGAUCCGCUGUACUCUGAACAAUCAUGAGUUUCCGUGUAGUCUCGCCGAACUGCAGCAUUUCACCGCGGGGAAGAAAUACAAGAAACUGAGCUCACAGGCAGAGUUUGACUACAGCCAGUAUGAGCCCCACAUAGUCAGCAGCACUAAACAGCCAAAUCAUCUCUUCUGCAAACUCACGUUACGUCACAUCAACCGUGUGCCGCAACACGUUCUCCGUCACGUCAGCGGCAAACGCUACAAGAAGGCUCUGGAUCAGUAUGAGGAGUGUGUCCGGCAGGGUGUGGAGUACGUCCCUGUCCAGCUCAAACAGAAGAAGAGACCCAAAGAGAACAACGAGGCUGCAGGAAGUGAGCGAAGAGCCAGCAGGAAGGAUGACAGCGGUGUCUGGGCCCCAAACUCGAGCGACAGCGACAACAGCGACUCCGAGGACAGCAUGUCUGAUCUUUACCCCCCGUCUCUGUUCACGGUGAAGAAAGCAGACGAUGAGCAGAACAUGAGCGAUGCUGAGGAAGAUGAUUUUCAGACCGAUGACGAUGAUGAUGAUGAUGAUGAAGUAUCUGAAAUGGAAGUAGAAAACCAGAUGCAAAAACGCAAAAAGGUUCAAUCUGCCAGCUUUACCAAGAAAUUUAAGAAGAACAAGAAAAAGAAGGGUUUUAAACAUGUUGGCAAAGUCAAUGGAAAAUAAAGGUUGUAACUCAUUAAAGCAGUUUCCACUGUCGUUGCUUCUAGAUCUGAAAAUAAAGGUAU